AUGGACGUUGACCACGACAAAUGUGAAGGGGAGGGGACUCACCUAGAACCGAUGGACAUUGACCACGACGAACACAAAGGGGAGGAUGUCGCAAACAACACUCAACCGGAAAACUACAUGAUCGUCGAUGAUGAUGAGGCCGGUGGGGAGGAUGCGAUGGAUGUUGAAAGAUUAUAG